UAUACAUGGGGUUAACAAAGUCGGUUCUUGUUACAUAUAGCAGCAAUAUUGAUCCGCCACUGGGCGAAUAUUAUCACAGUUUCUGCUUCCAAAAGCGUCACGUGCCGUUUCGCGCAUGCUGACAGGGUUGAAUGGAAAAUCAAUAUCCUUCUGCACUGAUAAGCAGGGUCCAAUUUGUUAUCAGUUAUCUAUGUGCGUGGUUGAUCCGCAGAUGACCUACUUUGUUUCCCAGACAGAAAUCAACCAAGCGAACAGGCUCAAAGUAGAUCAUAGCCAGCGGGGAAAGCGCGCCAUUGCAAGAAGGAAGUUAAAAGCACUGAUAGCAAAGACACACAAAACAGAAGCAUGUUGUUAAGGAAGACACCACAAACCCCUUUGUAUUGCAAGAUGUACUAGAAACACUAACCCUGAUGCAACAAGAGAGUUACCUCCCCUGAUGGUCGAUUUGCCAUGAUGACAGCAGAGGUAAUAAACAUCCAGGUGAAGCAGGAAUCCUCAGACGCAAAUCAUCAGAACACAACGGCCACCAAGGUAACGGAACCCAACGAGAAUGGAGUCCAGGUGUCCGAGGAAACCACAUCCCAGGUAGAGACGGCCCCCCAGGCAGUGCUUGUACAGGCGGGUACCACUUUGGAGGGUGGCAGUGUCAGCGCCAGCGAACAGCUGCAGCGCAUGAUUCAGCAGCAGUAUCUAGUCAACCUUAUCCAGUUUCAGCAAUCUAUGCUGCAGACUGGGCAGGCAAUGCAGCACCAUCAAAGUUUACUCUCAGCCAUAGACUUCACCAAACUGAACCAGGAGGCCACCGCCUCUUGUGAUGCUGCAGCCACACAGGUUGCUAGCGACACGCUGGACAAGGACAAGAAACAGGCCAAGGUCAACAUUGAAGGUCUCCUUGAGAUCGGCUCUGACUCUGAGACCAAUGAAAAUGGGGACAGUGUCCUGGGAGAUGGGUGUGAUGAUCUUGGAAAAGGGGGCAGAGAGAGGAUCAGGCACUCUGUUGGUGGAAGAAAUAUAAACCAGUAUGGCAGAGAGUUUACAAACGGUCGUCCCUUGCCUGACCAUUUAAGAGUCCAGAUUCUGCAAUUAGCCUUGCAAGGCAUUCGUCCCUGUGAAAUCAGCCGGCAGCUACAGGUGUCACAUGGUUGUGUGAGCAAGAUCCUCAACAGAUAUAGGAAGACAGGAAGCAUUAACCCUGGUCAAAUAGGAGGAAGUAAACCAAAGGUCACGACCCCUGAUGUAGUGAACCGUGUCCGACAGUAUAAGCUAGAAAAUCCACAGAUGUUUGCCUGGGAAAUUAGACAAAAACUUCUAGCAGACAAGAUUUGUAAUGAGAAGAACAUCCCCUCCAUAAGCUCAAUAAACAGAAUUAUACGCGACAAAGCCAUUCUACAGCGACGGUGCAUUGAGGGAAUUCCUGUCGUCGACUCGGAUGAUGGUGAAACAGAUGAACUGACAAUUGAUCCGGAACAUCUGAAGCAUUUCAUGAUUGUACCCAAUCUGACUCCAAACAGCAAUGAGGGCCAGACAGUCAUUCCCAUUCAAGCUCUGUCCAGUCUCCCCACAGAUACGGCUCAGACAGUGGUCAUCCCCACAGUCAGCAUGCCCAGUCAGGGCCCGGUCACAUCCACCUCCCCCAACUCUCCAAACUCUGCAGUCGUUACCUAUCAGGUGACAUCAUCACCCUCACAGCCAGCAUCCACUCCACUGGUCGGUUCUCAGAGAACUUCAGAGUCAGAGACGUAUGACAUUGAAAAAGAACAAGAGACUGCUGUGUCUUUUAUACAGGAAUCGUCCAGUGAAGAUGGAGAAUCAUCCAAAGGUCAUGACAUCAAGGUCAUUCAGCUAGAAUAUACUACUAAUAAUGAUGAACAAAACAAGGAGGCACGGUCCGGUCAGGAUAAGACUGAGGUGUCUGUAGCAGAAACGAGCAGGCAUAAUAACCUGCAGGCAGUACUCUCCCAUUUGAUUUCCACACAAGCUGCAACUGUUGUGAGAGAAGAAGAUCCCAAACAGGUCACAGAGUCCAAGAAAAAAUCUCCACAGCUCUCUCCAUCUGCAGCUAAAUCAGACCUGCCUCCUCCAUACAGUGUAGCAGUGGCGCCUCUGUAUGCAAGCAUUCCAAUGUACAGUCCAUCUAUAAUGAAAUCCUCACCUACAAGUUCACCGCCUGCAACAAGUACCAAACCAGCAAAAGGGAAAUCCAAAUCAAAGUCAGAGAGCAAGGAGAGUGGAGAGCACCAAAGCAGAAAAUCUCGAUCACAACAGAGUUCCACAGCUGGGCAAGCAUUCAUCCCUGGGUCUGGGUUCUAUGAUUAUUCUCUACCAGACAGAGGACUUGGAUCCUGUUCACCUGCAACUACCAGACCCUCCCCACCCCAAGCAGGUAAGAUGGUGGGAAUGGUUACUGGUUGGCCCUUUUCACAGUCUCCAAUUCAGCUACCUAUACCCAGUCCAACUUCAUCAGAGAAGAGUCGUACCUCUCCACUGGAUCUUUCUUCUACCCCCCAGAAGGAGACCCAAAAAUCCCCCACUGGAAAUUCACAGAAAACAGAACAAGUUGUAAGUUCCUCAAAAAAUUCUUUUCCUGGUGAACAAGCAAAGAAGCAGCUUAAUUCAGAGAGUAAAGCUAUUGCAGAAGAGAAACAAGCUCCUGCUAAAACUACCAUUGCCCAUUAUGAUAAAAAUGUACUUAUCUUUGGGGAAAAUGCUGUGGAAAUCAUAUCAGUUGGAAAUAACAAGUGGAUUGUUAGAAAUGAGGAUGAACUGUGUCACGUUGCAACUGGAGAAGUCUUAAAGAAGAAAAAAUCAGGAGAAACUUCUCCAACAGUGCAAGUCAAAAGGCUGUCAUCAGAGGGUUCUAGUGAAGGUAGCAUGUUAAAGGUUCCUAAAAUCAAUGUGACAGAUUCUGUAAAUGGAGCAGGUGCUAAGAAAUCUCCACAAACUGUUGUAAAUGGUUCAAAUGUUAAAGAUGCCGCCAGAGUGGAUGGAAGCGGAGAACGAGUGGAUGACAACCGGAACAGUUGUCCUGUGCUACAAAAAAUGUUGAAGCCGAUUACUGGUAAUUUUAAGAUGGGGCAUGUACACUCAAGGCGAAGGAAGGAGAAAGAUCUGAAGAAUUUAAAGGAAGAUUACACGGAUUAUGUGAUCAGUGCCCUGGAUAAUCAUAAUCCGGAGAUAUUAUACCACAAAAAGAAGAUGAACCGACUCUCGAUGCAGGAGUUAGAAAGUUACAGAAUUAAACAAGUUCAGAAAGGACUUAACCGAAUGUCUGCGGACAUAGAGAGACUGGGAAGAAACUCCGCGAGGAACGAGGUUCAGUGGGAAAAGUCCAUGUCUCUCAAUCGCAAUCUGAACACUUAUCAAGGAUCACUGGACAGAGUUUCGGAAUCGUUCAGUUAUGAAAAACUAGAUGUGGAUGAUCAUCCGGCUUUAACGAAAUUACAAAAUGAACAAAACCGUCGGCUAGAGAAGAUGGAGGAACGGAUGAAUAGAAUUCGAACUCAUGCUAUGCAAGAAGCAGAGAGACGCAAAUUCGCUAUUAUGUUCAAAGCUAAAACACAACCAAACACGCUGGAUGUGAAUAAAAAUGAAAAGAUCUUGCCGGAUGAAAACAAUCCUGUUCUGCCAUGUGAAAAAGACAUUGGAAAAGAUAGGUGUUGUGAUAAAAAGUUAGAUGACAGCGGUGAUAUUAUUCCUGUCACGGUGGUGAAAGACUCGGAAGUAGAAAAGGUUCGCAGAAGUACACCAGUGAAUUCUAAGGAACAGAACGGUUCGGUUGUAAAGAAUACGUCAUUCUUGUCAAAUAUGCCUGCCCUGAGUAACAUGGAUUUAAGUGAUCCUAAAUCGUAUCUCAUGCUGCCUUUUCUCUUGCCGAUUUUUGUCAUAAUGAUGAUUGUGAGAAGAAUCCAAGAGGUACACAACUCUAACCACCAGUCAUCGCAGAAAAAGUGAACCGCAGAAUGGCUGUGGGGAUAGGACGUCCUCCCACCUCUCUCCCACAGGAAUAUGAGUCACACAGAGAUCAGACCUCUGGGUCGUUACAUGUGUUCCUCUUGUAGAUCUGUUUAUUUUGUCCUUCCAAAUGUAUUUUUGAAAAGAUAUGACAGGAAGGUGAAUUGUUACCACUGGAUGUUUGGUUUUACCAUUCAAAAAUAUAUUAUGAUUCAAUCACCAAUUCUGUCCUUUGUCAAAUACUUGGAUAAAGAUAUAAUUAUGAUUCAAUCACCAAUUCUGUCCUUUUUUUCGAAUACUUGGAUAUUUAAGCUGUUAUUCUGUGAUGUUAAUGUUUAAAGAUUUGCAUACAUGUACAUGACAGUAACAAUCUGCAAAACCAUAUACAUCUAUAUUAUAUGUCAUAAUACUCAAACUGCUACUGUCAAUAUUGGUCAACUAUUUAUGUUUUCGAAUAUGUGGGCUUACAUGUAUUUGUGUAUUGACUUAUACAGGUAUAUUAUACUUUGUAAUCGAGCAGUAAUGACUUUCAUUUUAUUGCCAUUUAAACAUUUUGUUGUUUAUCAAAUGAUUUGACAUAUUGCCUUGAUUUUCAGAUAUUAAAUCUCAUGAUAAGUUUUUAAAAUCUUGUACAAUCACAAAUCUAGAGAUUAUAUUAAAAUUUGUAUUUUUAUUGAAAAUUUGAGAUUUUUAAAGUUGUUUUUUUUUUAACAGAAAACAAUGUUUUCUAGAAAUCCCUUCACUACUCAGGCAUCUUCAUUUUCUUUUAUUAACUUUAUAUGUAUAUGUAACUUGUAUAUAUUUAAAUGUCUGUCAAUGCAACUUCCAUUUUGCUGUAAUUAAUGAACUCCCUAGCUGCAGGUCUGUAGCUCCCGCAGCAUGCACACGUGGAGUAGGCCAGAAACACAUCUUUUUGUUUCUCAUUUUCAUGUCUAGAUCUCUAAAACUGACUACAAUUUAAGAUGAGACUUUGAACAAUUUUAUUAUAAUGAACAUGUUUUAUUGAUUUUUAAGAAAAAAAACCCUGGUCCAUGUAUUUUGUUUUUGCAAGCAUAACUGGUUGAGAAGAUAACUAAUCAUGAAGAAAUUUGAUGAUUUUUUUUGGUUGAAAAAUACUUUUUUGAUUUUUUUAAAAAAAUUGUAUGUGAUCAAGAAUUGUGAGUGCGUUCGAUUAGUCCUACACUGGGUGCAGCAGUAACCAUGGGGUAUAAUGGACAGUUAGUAGCUACAACACAGAAGAGAUAUAUAUGUACUGUGCAAUACAAUUAUUUCCCCUAGUCGAUUUAAACACUAGUCAGCCAGGCAAUAUAGAAACAAGUGGAAAAAUGUUUAAUUUCUGUAUAAAGAAUACUCGCCCUGUAUCUUGAUGCGUUUGUUUGUAACAGAUUUGACAGAAGCAUCAAUGAUAAUGCAGAUAAAAGAAAUAAUGACAAGGAUUUGUUUUAAAAUGAACUCAUGAUUUCAUGCAUAAAAAAGGGAAAGGAAUUUUAGUUAUUGGCAAGUCUUACAAAAUAGGGCAUCAAUACCUCUUUCUUUUGUACAUAUAUGUAUAUGUAACAUAAUGUGAUAGAGUUCUCUGUGUAUAAUACAUUAAUGUAGGUCAUCUAGUCAAAAUAUCAUUGGUGCUUAUAGGUAACUAUGGUAAUGACAUUUGUCGUAAAAUGGCAAACAAUAAAGUUGUAUUAAUUAACAGAUCAUGGUAUAGCCAAUUAUUUACAUACCGGUACUUUUUCCUAUAUUCUGUAACGGGGGCAUCUUCACAUACUACAUUAUUAUAUCAAUGUAUAUCAUUUUAUCUGUUUUGGUAUUUUGUAUGCCAAUGUGUUUACCCUUUGUCAAGUAGUGUUCAGUUUAUGAAAAAUAUAAACAAUAAAUACUUGAAGUACAUGGA